AUGGCGAUUUUCGCUUCCAAUUUCACCACAGAAAAGAGCGCUUUAAAGAGAGAGAGAGAGGCUCAAUCAUCAAACAAAACGGCGAAGAAGAACAUGACGACGACGAAGAGUGGUGGUGUUAUUAAAUGCUUCAUCCCGCAAACCAUCUCCUCGGACGUGAAACUGCGUCAAAAAGUCCUCUCCGUCUUUAACAAACGACGAUCCGAUUUCCCGAACGAGGCGAAGUACAACGACUAUUUAGAACACGUGGAAGAGAUCGUAUUCAACGCGAUCGAAGGCAUCGCGAGCGCGACGGAAACGGAGAAGAUUUUACAAAAAGAGAAACGAGAACAUGCGAAAGAGAUUAAAGAGAGGAAAGAGAGGAAUAUGGAGGAGGACAGAGUGAGCUGCCCGGAGAAAUUUAACGUGGUGUUUGGGGGUGGAGGAGGAGGCGUUGGUGAUGCGAAAGAGGCGGAGGACGAGGAGAUGUUGCGAAUGAUGAUGGACUAUCAGCCGGAAGGUGGUGGUGGUGGUGGUGCGAGUGGACAUUCGUUUGUCGCGGAAUACACCGAGUACGACGAGACGACGGAGGAAGGGAAGAAGGCGAAGAAGGAGGCGAGUUUGAAAGCGUGCGGAUUCGAUCCGCUGAAAACGGAGUACGAGAGGUCCGUCGUCGAGGCGUUUCAGACGAUACGAGUUUAG